CAGCCGCCAAUGGCGGCGGAGCCGGCCAAGGCUGCUGUUCCCAGCGCGCGCCGCUCCGCCGCCGCGCCCCCACCCGCCCAGCGGCGGGGAGGGGCCGGUGGCUGUAAACAAACAGGGCGGCGGGUGAUGGCGGCGGCCGCGGGUCGCGCCGGGGGGUUCUGAGUGCAGGUGUCCGCUCCGGUGCGCUCCCCGUGCAGGGGCUGUGACGGUGCGGGGCCGGGGCUGGCGGCACACAUGGAUGACAGCAAGGUGAUUGGAGGCAAGGUAAAGAAACCAGGCAAGCGAGGUCGUAAACCAGCCAAAAUAGACUUGAAGGCAAAACUUGAAAGAAGUCGUCAGAGUGCGAGAGAGUGCAGGGCCAGGAAGAAGCUGAGAUACCAGUACCUGGAAGAGCUGGUUUCGAGCAGAGAGCGAGCCAUCUGCGCUCUCAGAGAAGAGCUUGAAAUGUACAAGCAGUGGUGCAUGGCGAUGGACCAAGGGAAAAUCCCCUCUGAAAUAAAAGCCCUGCUAACUGGAGAGGAGCAAGGCAAAGCACAGCAGAACUCAACCAAACUUGCCAAGGCUGGGAAGACAGAAGCAAACAGCAGCAAUCCCUGAGGCCAAUGCAGAACCUUCCGCACUGCAGCAGAGAUAACUCUGUAGCUAGCAGAAGAAUGCUGUUAUGAGAGAAGUGGAUGCAACCCCAGAUGCAGGUGGAAGGAUCCCCAUCUGCUGUCUUCCCUUUGCUCCUUCCCACAUGAAACUCUUUGUGGUGCUCCUAAGCCUGCGCGGAGUGGGGCCUUUGGGGUCGUAGGUGUUUCAGUAAGCGAAGCCUUGUUCUUCCUUUCUCUACACCACAUUCCCCAAAUACAGCUAUGGUAGCUUUGGGCAUUCCCAGUAAGAGAUGGGGGGCUGCUUUUGUGUUCGAGCCCAGAAUUAGAGUGGCUUUGUGGUCGGUAGUUAUGUGCUUGGUAACCGCUGUGGGACUCUGAGAGGCUCUGUAAAAUAGAAGCAAGAGGAGGAUCUUGUUAACAGCUUUACUAAAGCCAAAUGGAGUAUUGUAGGUCGAGAAGAAGAAACUGCAUCAAAAGCUCUCAGUAAGAAGGUUUAUAGUACUGCAAUUUAUAAUCUAAAUAAAGAUGUUGGUCUCAGCAUCUUUUUAUAAUGCAGCAUGUCUUUUAUGUUGUUGAGAGUCUUACAGAGAGGUGCUAGAUACAUUGCCUGCUUCUGCCCAUAUUUCUUGUGCAGGAUGUUAUUUCCUACCCACCGUGCUCCCGGUAAGAAAGUCAAAGCAUGUCCCUCCACCCUGCUUCCAGCAGUGGGACAACUGCCAUCUCCUCCCACCCAUCAUGCUCUCCCAUCUUUCUGUACCUAUGUUUUGGGUCCUAGUAUCUUCCCAGACUGAAACAUAAAAUGAUUUCUGCUGUGCUAUCCUGGUUUCCCAGCCAAAGAUAAUGCCAAGAACUAGUAGCAAGUAAAACAAGUGGCGUUAGUUUGCAUUUAUGGUAAGAGAGGUGAUGGCAAGAGUCUUGUGGUCACAUUUACUCAUCCCAGAUAACCUGCCACUUCCCUUAGACCUCUCUUUCUCCUGUAUAUGCUUUUUGCAUUUAUAUAAUGCUACAUGGAGAGUGGAGCUCUUGGGAUUUUCAGUGGGCGUUUUGCUGACUUAUUGUCUGUUUUGUUUGUGACCAUGUCUUUCUCUGUGUUUUAUUAAAUGCACGGAACACUUUCUAAUCAUACAUUUUCUUGUUUGUUUCAUAGAAUAAAUAUGAACAAAUGACUUUGCUAGACUAAA